CGUUUCGAAGCACGUUACGUCACUUCCUCCCGUUAUGGACGUCCACACGUGUUGAAUGAGCGACUGUUUACAGUGUUUGUUAGUUUUAAGCCUUUAACCAUCAUUGUAGCUCCACGUCUUCUUUUAAACUACAGCGAUGCCCAAAGUGAAGAAGUCCAAAGGCGGAGGAGGAGGAGAGAAGAGCGGCGGCGGCGGCGGCAGCGCGGUGGCGCUGGCUGACCAGAUCCUCCAGGCGGACACGGUGAGAGCCAAAGGCCGGGUGAAGAUCAGAGACAGCCGGGCAGAAGAUGAGGACACGUACGUGGACGAGCGUCUGUCGAGGAAGAUCUUACAGCAGGCCCGGAUUCAACAAGAGGAGCUGCAGACUGAGUAUGGGCUGGGACCAGAGAAGAAGAAAGCACCGGUCACUGUUCUCGGGUCUGGGUCUCAGGAUGCAGACUCAGAUGAGGAGUGGCCUGCCCUGGGAGCUGCAGGUGCUGCUGAUGCUGAGUGCGACACCGAAGUCACCGUCGACCCUGACGAUGAGAAGGCCAUUGAGAUGUUCAUGAAUAAAAACCCUCCAAUGAGACGGACCCUGGCUGAUAUCAUCAUGGAGAAGAUCACAGAAAAGCAGACAGAAGUAGGAACAGUGAUGUCAGAGGUGUCCGGCUGUCCAUUGCCCCAACUGGACCCGAGGAUAAUAGAAGUGUACAAAGGUGUCGGUAAGGUUCUGUCAAAAUAUCGCAGUGGCAAAUUGCCAAAGGCGUUUAAAAUAAUCCCAGCACUCGCAAACUGGGAGCAGGUUCUCUAUUUGACUGAGCCUGAGACCUGGACUGCAGCGGCCAUGUACCAAGCAACAAGAAUCUUCUCGUCCAAUCUGAAAGAGCGAAUGGCUCAGCGGUUUUAUAACUUGGUGCUGCUGCCCAGAGUGCGGGAUGAUAUCGCGGAGUACAAGCGACUCAACUUUCAUCUCUACAGUGCCCUGAAGAAGGCCUUGUUCAAACCAGGAGCUUGGUUUAAAGGCAUACUGAUUCCUCUGUGUGAAUCUGGGACGUGUACUCUCCGGGAAGCCAUCAUUAUUGGAAGCAUACUCACAAAAUGUUCAAUCCCUGUGCUCCACUCCAGCGCUGCAAUGCUUAAGUUGGCAGAGAUGGAGUACAACGGCGCCAACAGCAUUUUCCUGCGGCUCUUGCUCGACAAGAAAUACGCCCUGCCUUUCCGUGUCCUAGAUGCCUUGGUGGCCCACUUCCUGUCUUUCCGCAGUGAAAAACGUGUGCUUCCUGUGCUGUGGCAUCAGAGUUUACUCACCAUGGCUCAGCGCUACAAGGCCGACCUGGCCUCCGAACAGAAGGCAUCAUUGCUGGAGCUGCUCAAGAUACAAACACACCCUCAGGUCUCUGCAGAGAUUCGCAGAGAGCUGCAAAACUCUGAGUCGAGGGACAUUGAAAUUGGGCUCCCUGUUACAGUCGAAAUGGACUGAGGAUUCAGUCUCCUCCUCUGAUGAAAAUGAUUCAUGGUUUCUCCAGCAUGAAGAAAGUUUAAUUAUUCCUCUUGUCCUACAACAGGACAGUUUAAAAGCUCACAGCGUUUCAGGAGCCAUAACUCUGUUCCCUACUUUGAUGAGUUUUUGUUUCAAGAUACACAUCAGUGUGAUGUAGAUGUUGUAAUUCUUAUAUCCUGAAUCUCUCUGAGCAUUUCCCUGCAGUUGCUGUGUGAGUUAUUGCUCUGGAAUACAAAGACUGGCAUUUGUGUACAUUUGAUGAAGAGCAAUAUUGUUUUGAAGCAACACUUUGGAUUAAAAACAAGCUGAAUCCUGAAAAAU